AUGUCCUGCCCCGUAUCGGCUAAAGACACCGCCACCACCGCCGGCGCGGCGGGCCGGAAGCGCACCCCCACGGCCUGCGAAGCCUGUCGCGUAGACAAGAUUCGCUGCCUUCCGAGCGACGAACCCGGCGUCUGUCAAAAAGCUCCCGGCAAUCAUCUCCCGCCGCCGCCCAAGCCCAGCGGCACAUUCACCAUCGACAUUCCCCUCUCUCAGCCCUUUGAAACCGCCUCUGCCGCCGCCGCCGCCACCUCCUCGGCCGAAUCUCUGCGCCACUCGCAUUCAAACUACCUCGACAACUUCUUUCCCGCUUCUGCCAACAUUCCAUCCCUCCUCCCCUGGUCCGCCGGCAGCCUCUCCGAAUCCUCCUGCUCGGCCUCCAGCCCAUCCGCCGCCUCCUCCACCACCACCAACACCAACAACACGACCAACACGACCGCCUCCAACACGCGCCCGCGCUUCAACCUCGCCUCUGCCGCCUCGCUGCUCGAAUUUUUCCGCGGCAUGCUGACGUACUGCCCAGUCAUCCUCCUACCCGCCGACGUCACCGUGCGAGACCUCGCCCGCACGCGGCCCUUUGUGCUGCUCGCCAUCCUUGCCGCGGCCGCCGGUGCGCGGUCGCUCCAGGGUCACAGCCUCUACGACGACGAGUUUCGGAGAGUCUUUGCCCUGAAGCUCGUGGCCGGCGGCGAGCGCAGCGUCGAGCUGCUGCAGGGCAUCUUGAUCUACUGUCUCUGGUACCCUUUCCAUCUCCGGCCGCGCGUGAAGCAAGUCUUUCAGUACACGCGCAUGGCCGCCGACCUCGUCCACGAUCUUGAGCUCGACGUCAGCUCUGGCCACUUUCCCUCCUCUUCUCCCAUGACGCCUGAGCGACUCGACUCGAUCCGUGCCUACGUUGCGCAGCACUACCUCUCUUCCUCCUUCUCAGUCACCUGGCAAGCCCACCGCAACCGGAGGGGCCCCGUGCCCUUUACCGCCUGGACCGAGCACUGCUGUGAGCUUCUCAUCCAGCACGCCGAGUGCCCGGGCGACGCCGUACUCGCCUGGCUCGCGCGUCUCGGGUGCACCGUCCGGGAUGCUUGGGGCGCUGUCCGUGACGCCGCCGGCGGGUCCGAUCAUAACAGCAGCAGCAACAGUAGCGCACUCUUGUUUCGCGGUCUAGAGGCGCAGUUUCGGGAGCAGCAGGCCAGUCUGCCACCCGCCGUCUCCAACGCCUUACCUAUUCGGCUCCAACUCCUCUUUACCGAAUUCUUUCUCCUCGGGGGUUCCAUCCUCGGUAUGCCCACCGCCAUCCCUCCACAGCCAAUAACAUCCUGCUCAACCAACCCUUUCCAACUUUCCUCUGUCCGCCUCACCGCCUGCGUCGGCUACGUCGCUCAGUUCCUCGCCCUGAUCCGCAGCCUCCCCUCCACGGAGCUCGCCUGCUUCUCCAACGGCGACUGGGGCCAUUUGGUGCUCGCCGUCGUCGUCUCCAUGCGCGUCUCGUUUCCGCUGCCGCACGACCCGACGGCGCGCUGCGAAUGCGGCUGCUGCCCUGGUCCGGGACUGGACAGCGCCUGGGUCAGAGAUCAGCUGAAAUUUGCCGAAUUUUUGAAUUUCAUGACCAAAGAGGCGCCGACGGAUUUGGCGACGGCGGCCAAGAGAGCAGACAUUGUGUCGGCGAGUAAAGUCGUGCUGGCGGUUGUCAAGGAAAAGUACGAGAGGCGCCUUGAAUUACUGCAGCAGAAGCAACGACAACAGGAACAGCAGCAACAGCCACAUCAGCAACAGGAACAACAACAACAGCAGCAGCAACAGGUGCUGCUGCCGCGUUCGAGAUGUCCAAUGGUGGACGGCUCGCUGGAAGCAUAUUUUCCGUUCUGGGAUGGGAGCUCCCAGCAGUCGGUGAGCGCGCCGCCGCUCUCAUCUGUCGACGACAUGGUCCAGGACACCGACGCCUUCAUCGACGGCAUGGCCCAUGGCACCGACGAAUCAUGGGAUACGUGGGCUGAAGAAAUGCUCGACUGGGUCGAUGCAACUUCAUUUGAACCAGAGUAA